ACACUGACGACCUCGCUCCUCCUCUUUAGUGAUCACAUAUGGCGCCAUCUGUUGGUCGCACGCACCGCUUUGCCACUUUCUCCUCUGUAACGGUCUUGGUGACUGGCUUAACAAACAAGAUCGCAAACGCGCCCUACACCAUCUUUUGCACUGAUCGAUGGGCGAGAUCAUCUUCACGCGCAUGCGUGAUGCACAGGUAGUCGAAACUGGCGCUUACUGGUACUUGAGUAUAUCCAUCCCUCACCCACUCUCCAUGUAUACCAUUGUCGCAUUUCACCCACCCGCUUGGUUUCUCGCAUCACUGUUGCUGCACAUCUCCCCGUCAGUUACAGUAUCCAUCAUAGAUUUGUCGUGUAUUGUAGUUUCUUUCAUCGUGCUGCAUUUCCCAUCACUUCAUAAUUUUCCUGACUUUGAAUAAUCUGACGCAGUAGAAACAGACAGAAAGAUAGACAAACAAACAGAUAGGCCUAUUCACUACUACUAGCUGAAGUAUCCAAG